AUGGAUCUACUUCCUAAGUGCCUUCAAGAGUUAAAUUAUCCCUGGUGGAAUGCUUGCACGGACUACUUUGUGGGUGGAAUGCUCUCAGGGGAAAGGGUGGAAUGCUUGUCCGUAGUAGUUUUUGGGUGGAAUGCUCAUAUGAACUACUUUGUGGGUGGAAUGCUCGCAGGGGAAAAGAAAGAAGGAAUGAUGGAAUUUGAAAGCAUAGGUCUACACCAUCUUAAGGAGACCUCGUCCGUGGUGCAAGAAAAACAAAUUACAUCUUAUAAACGGAAUGCCUCCAAAAUCGAUGAUGAAACAGUUCUACUAUACAACCUGUUGAAUGAGAAAGAAAUGAUCAUAGAUUCUGGCAAUAAUCCGUUUUAUGUAUCUGAGCAUGGAAAGGAUCCGAAGAAUGCAACUAAUCAGAAAAUCGAGAAACAAAAUUCUUCCUCGGAGUUGCCUUCUUCUGAUGUAGGGCCCGAAGAUAACGAUGAAAUAAUGUUUGAUUUCACACGUGUUGAAAUGGAAUUGCUACGGGAACAAUCAAAUUAG